UGACGUAGUGAGGCGUCGACCGGAAGUGGAUGCGCACCCGGCGAGGGCAGAGCGGCUCCGGUUCCGCUGCCGCCGCUCGUCCCCCGCUCCGCCCCGCGCCGUCCCGCCGCCGCCAUGUUCCUCACACGCUCCGAGUACGAUCGGGGUGUGAACACUUUCUCUCCGGAGGGGAGGCUGUUCCAGGUGGAAUAUGCCAUCGAGGCCAUUAAGCUGGGCUCUACAGCCAUUGGCAUCCAGACCUCGGAGGGUGUGUGUCUGGCUGUGGAGAAGAGGAUCACCUCCCCUCUCAUGGAACCCAGCAGCAUUGAGAAGAUUGUAGAAAUAGAUUCCCAUAUAGGGUGUGCCAUGAGUGGCUUAAUAGCUGAUGCCAAGACUUUGAUUGAUAAAGCAAGAGUGGAGACUCAGAAUCACUGGUUCACUUACAAUGAAACCAUGACCGUGGAGAGCGUGACGCAGGCUGUGUCCAACCUGGCGCUGCAGUUCGGGGAGGAGGAUGCAGACCCUGGUGCAAUGUCUCGUCCGUUUGGUGUCGCGCUGCUUUUUGGAGGAGUUGAUGAGAAGGGACCUCAGCUGUUUCACAUGGACCCCUCGGGGACGUUCGUGCAGUGCGAUGCCAGAGCCAUCGGAUCUGCCUCGGAGGGAGCACAGAGCUCACUGCAGGAGGUGUACCAUAAGUCCAUGACGCUGAAAGAAGCCAUCAAGUCUUCCCUCGUCAUCCUGAAGCAAGUUAUGGAGGAGAAACUGAACGCAACCAACAUUGAGCUCGCCACCAUAGAGCCGGGCAUGAAGUUCCACAUGUACACAAAGGAGGAGCUGGAGGAGGUCAUCAAGGACAUCUGAAAGGGACACGGGCUCCUAAGGCUCAUUGCCCCGAUCAAAGUGAACUGACUCAGUUCCUCCCACUACCUGCCGCUUGGUUUCCAGCAGCAUCUCACAAGGCUCCCAAAGGUGUUUUUUUUAUUUACAGUCUGUACAUAAACGGAUCCUGACAAAGAGGAAGCGAUAAUAAAUCAUUUUGUUACUCUG